AUGGCCUACUGCGAGUUGCCGUUCGGUGGUGUCUCUAAAUCACGUGACACGCGCUCCAGUAGCGCCUACAAAGUCCAAAAAGGAGCAGGUACCGGUGAUGGUUAUCAUCGAGCGUUGACGAAGGCAAACCCUCGCAAGUGGCCGAAACCUCUCCAGAAGCAACUUGGCGCAGGUACUCCAGGGCGACCUAUGGCGACAAGUUCAGGCGUAGGCUCCGACCGCGACACGAGCCCUCCUCAGGGACCGUCGGCGCUGCCCCUCGAGUUAUGGCACCAAAUCUUAGCAUCGUUCAGCGGACCGCAUCCAGCAGAGGACAUCCUUUGCAAAGAUCCCAUGGAUGUCCACUCAUUACAAGCAUGUUCUCUAACAUGCCGUGCGUGGCUCCCCAUUGCCCACGAACACCUCUUUCGAUAUCUUGGCCUCUUGGUAACGAGCGCAAAUUGCGAGGAUGCAGUCAUCGCGGUUAUGGAAAGUCUCCCUGCCAUAGGGAAAUACGUCCGUGUCCUCUCUAUCGGGCUCUCGUUCUUGGAGUCGCGGUUCGUCAGGCAGACAGACGUGCUUACCCAUUUUCGACCGGUCGCCCCGAUGGUCCCCAACGUGAACUCCCUCGUUCUCGCUAGAAUCACCCUCCAGGCUCCUCCCGACAACAUGCCACCGUUCACAGCACUGUUCCCUUCGCUGCACUCGUUGUACAUAGGCAGCAUUCAGCCGGAGCUGCCUGUCCUACAUACGUACCUGACGGCCUGCCAGGGACUUCGCGAGCUCACGCUGUUAGGCGUCCUGUACUACGAGCUGAACUUCUUGUCGAUGGUCGUUCGCGCAUCGCCCAAUAACGGCAUCAACAUCGCUCCGGCUCCUCCGGAAAUAUCGGAAACGCACAUGGCUACUGUGCUCGACUGGAUGACGCCGACUGAACCCUCUGCGCCGAUAAUCCUCGACACUCUGGAAACGAGCUGUAGCUCCCCAUACGAGCAACGGGCCUUAGCGACGUUCGUAGGAGACGAAGCUGUCCAUGUAAAAGGCCUCGACAUCGGUUUCCACCUCUCUGAAAAGCGCAUAGACCGAGCACUACGAAAUCUUCUGCCGUUCUCCAGUCAAUAUGUCGAGACGCUCAACAUUCGUUUCCCCCAAGUUGACUACGGCAGCACCCAAGCGAUCAUCAGGCAUAUCCUUGGCACAAUCGACAUGCCCGCACUCAAGACGUUGUCUAUCGUUUACAGCGUGCGCAGGACGUCCACAUUCGUCGCCGCCCAGCCCGACUACGACUUAUCACGGUUACCGGCAUUGAAGGCCGCAAACUUAACGAUCAGCAAUGCCAAGCGCGGCAUGUCGGAUGCGGAGCGGCUGGCUAUGACGACUGUGACCGCUUUCCUUGCGAGCGCGCACAAGCGAGGAAUCCUAAAUGUCACCGUCUUCGAAGACGCAGCGACAUGA